AUGUUGACGGAAUCGGAGUACGCGGUCAGAUUGAACGACACGCGGCCGCCGGAUCCGGCCUCGGUGGCGAUCGGGUUGCUGACGGUCUGGAAUUGGGCGGAGGAGAGGAAAGUGGGGACGACGUGGAACUUGACGAGCUCGGAUUUGGCCUCGUCGGAGAGGGAGUUGAGGGUGCCGGAUUUGAGGGAGGAGAAGGCGGAGUCCGACGGGGCGAAGAUGGUGGCGCCGUUGUUGGAGUUGUUGAGGAGGGUGAGGAGGUGGCUGUCCUCCUGUGUGGAUCGGAGGAGGUGGAUGAAUGUGUUGAAGUGGCCGGCUUUUUCGAGGAUUUUGGUGACGUUUGUUGGUCCGGCGGGGGCUGGGAGUUGGGUUGCUGCCGGGGUGGAUGCUGGUGGUGCUGCUGCGGCGGAUUGUGUUGGAGAUGAUGCAGGGGAUUGUCCUGCUGUGGUCUUCUUGAGGCAGAGGAGGAGGAGGCAGAGGAAUGCUGCGGCGGAAAACAGAGUGCUCUGUUUUUUCAUCAUGUUUGAUGGGUAG